UGCAUGAAACCGGGAGAUCAAAUGUUGACUUCCCUGCUCGUGGUAUUUGUCGUGAUGGGACUGACGCGAAGCUAUUAUGCACUGGGGGACUGGGAUAACUAGGGGCAAGUCGCGAAGAGAGAGCAAUUUAUUACCUGCUUUGAAAAUGUCAACACGUCGAAAGGACACAUGAUUGCUACCGACAAUAACAACAACAACACGCCUCGCAAAGUUGUUUCGUCGUUCUUGAUGAUUAAAAGACACCGAAUCUCCAAGAUUCCAGCCUCAUAAGGCCGUUAUUCCAAUUAUAGCUACGGCAUUUGUUGCGCGAUCUUUAAACCGUUUUCUGACGACAGACAACAACACAACCUUAGAAACCUUGUACAACAGCCACUUUUCCUCCCAGCUAUGUCUGCAGCGACGAAGAAACCUCCGGCUAGUACUGGACCUCCAGGACGAAGACCUUCAACAGAUCCUACUUCAACAUCGCCAUCGCGAACCAGCACUCCGGCGCGUUCACCGACACCCUCAUCGGCAACAGCCAAUGGUGUCGCACGAGCGCGAUCAGUACGGGGAGGGACUCCAGUAUCUGCUCGCGCAGCAAUGCAACGACCUGGCGCCGGCGCUUCGAAUCUCAGCUCGACGAGUACAGCUUCUGAUGCGGAGGAUGACGCUCGGGCAGAGACGGUCGCUUUACUAGAUGAUCUGAAAGAGCGUUUGAGGAAGACCGAGAAUGCAUCCGAGCAAUUCCAGAAACAAGCCCAGGUUCUACAAUCGAGAUUGGAUGAAGCUCUAGCUGAACAGGGAAAGCUGGAAGAGAAGCUCCAUGAGAAUGAGGAACGAUUGGAGACGCUCGAGAAUGACAAGCGCGAUGCUCUUAGACAGAAGCGGGAGAUGGAGUCGAUUUACGAGGCUGAAAGAAGCUCAAUGACAAAGGAGAGGGAGGAGAUGGCCAAUAGGGAAGAGGAGAUGCAGACUAUUAUACAAAGAUUAAAGGAUUCUUUGAACCAGAGGUCGAAUGUGGACGAGGAGUCACGUCUUUCAAGGCGAUCAAACAACUCUUCACCUAGCAUUGAAGGCGGCCAAUUCGCACCUCCCUCUGGCUUGAGUCGCAGCGACUCUCGCAAUAACUCGAAACUCGUGCUACAAAAAGACCGAUUGAUCGAAUCUCUACGUUUGGAAUUGGCCGAAGCACAAAUCAAGUUGGUUGAGUCGGAGAAUAUGGGCGGUGGCCGAAUGCGAGAGGUAGAACGAUUAUUACUCGAAGCACGAAUGACAAACGCACGAUUGAUGGAGGACAACGAAAGUUACCAGCUUCUGCUGUCAGAGAAGACUUUAACUGGAGAUUUCGCAAAGAGCGAUUUUAUGGGAAGCGCUUCCCACAAUGCCGAUGCGCUCAAUGCCCUUGAAGGAAGAUCAUCUGCACCAAGUCUGGCGGACGAGCUAUCGGAGGCAGGAGAAGGAGAGAGUGAGAAUUAUAGACGUUUGGAAGCGGAAUUGAAGUCUGCAAAGGACCAGAAUAAGGCAUUGACCCUGUAUAUCAAUAAGAUCAUUGAGCGCCUGUUACAACACCAGGAUUUCGAAGCUAUCUUGGACCAAUCCUCGGAUUUCAAACCUGGUGGAGCCGCGAAUAUUGACAAAGAGCUGCCACCACCCCCACCAAAGGAAGCCAGCGGUGCCUCAAUCUUGCAGCGUGCCAAGUCAGUCGCAAUGGGAGCUGGCCGGCGCCCACGUCCUCAAUCUCAGAUGCCAGCUUCUCAUUCUGCUUUGAAUGAUCCAGAUACAGCUCCAAGCAUCCCAAUUGGUCUAGGCAGAUCGUCCAGCUUCCGCCAUGGACGACCAAAGAGCGAGCAGUACACUGGUGGAGCAGCAAAUGUGGUAAACCAGAUGUAUAGAGGUGGGCAAACCUCACCGACUCUCACUGGCCCGCAGACACCACGUCACUCGCAAUCAUUUUUCGCCCCUCCACUCCAAGCUGGGAAUCCAAAUGCAGCUCAUCGCGUGCCAAGUACGGGACAGGUGCCCACAGCUGGUAACUUCCCAGGUAUGAAGAGCGAAACGAGCAGCACGAGUGGUGACAGUGGGGAUGUAUCGACCCCGCCGAGCAACAGUCCGCCAAGAGCAGAGAAGGCAACCACUUUCGCGGGUAACAAGCCGAGACCGUUGAGGUUAGUGCAGGAUCAACAGGACAGCAGGAGAACGAGUGGGGAGGAUGCUGCGAACAAGAGAGCUAGCUGGAUGGGCUGGAUGGGCGGUGCAUUUAGUAAGAAAGAUGAUGUGGGUGCAGUCGAAGAGAGCAUUCAUGAGUAGAUCUCUUGGGAGCUUCUUGGACGAAGAUGCAUGGAAGGUAGAAUGGGAUUGCAUAUAUGGAGUGGUUGACCAGCAUUUGAAGGACGUACGAAGCAACGAAUGGAAAGGAGCAUAAUUCUGGGGCUUUUACCUGGCACGUACGAUAAUUAGACCUUUCCUUUCUGUUGGACGGAUAGGUUGGUUGGAUCUACCUGGGUGCAUGAUGGAUUCGCUUGGUUGGAUGUCUACCUACUACUGUUCAUGUUCGAUAUUACUAAUACCCUGCAUGGCGGGACGAUUAUGUUUCCCAUCCAUCUUCAACAACGGCUGCAGAUCCUAGGGGAGUUUAAACCGGAUGUUUGAGAUAGCUGGUCAAGAUAGUCUAAUUUCCUCAUCUCCAAU